GAAAGGGAAUUAUUAAGGUUCCAGGCUCUAAUACCAUGGAUCGUCCGUGCACCUAGCGCCACGCCGAUAGAUAAAGUCCGGACACAAUCUAACAACACCAGGAGUAAGCAUGAGCGGGAAACAGUAGAGCGAGAGGCCCAUGGGAAUAAAGAUAGUGGUAGCCAGUGGCAAGGGUGGCGCGUACAUGAACUAAGGAUUGAGCGCCGGCAUAUGAAGAGUAUCAAAUAG